AUGUUUCCCACUCGUGCGCUGCUAAAGCGAUCAGCUUGGAAGGGUCCAAAUAUCGUGCCUCUUCCGUUGCCGAAGACGAUCCCUCCUCCUCCAGGAACACCGGCCAUUCGCACACAGGCCAGAGCAGCUACCAUCCUGCCUAAUUUUGUUGGGUUGAAAUUCGCAGUUCACAACGGCAAACAAUAUCAGGAAAUUCUAAUCACCGAGGAGAUGGUUGGGAGGAAACUUGGAGAAUUUGCGCCCACACGAAAACGCUUCACAUACCAGCACUCGAAGAACAAAUAA